AUGUCAUUCCAUCUCAGCCCGUGGCUUGUUUUGCUCGUAGUACUCGUCGUGUGCCUCCCCGGCCAUGAAGUCCUCGCAUUUGGAGCGGGGAACAUUCCUUCGUUCGCGUAUAUGGAGGGAAAGGCCUUCAGGCAUGGUGAUAUCGAAGACAUACUCACCGAGAUUGCCAAGAAAAGCGGUGGGUUCGCUAUAGGCGCGCUGAUGGGUAAAGGAGGAAGUAAGUUCGGAGGGUUGGACGUGAAGAGGGUGUACUUCGGGAACUGGCUUCGUGAUUAUAGUCAAGCCGUCGAUAUUGCUGGUUUGAAGAAGUUGCCGCUUCAGACGAUCAUCAAUUUGUGCAUGGCGCUCGGGUUCCUCGCUCAUGGGUACGCUACGGCUGAGUUCGAAGUGACGGAAGAGAGGUUGGGGGUUUAUCUCCCUACGGAACAUAUCGAUAACCCGAAAGGCUACGGAGAGGGCGAAGACGCGAGGCAGUAUGAUAGGCGGUUGAGGGGGCCUGUUGAUGUAUGUUCACCCUUCAUUCCUUCCAUCCUUCAUCCCCGCGAGCUGGAGGUCGACCCGAGGACGGGUAUGAAGAAUUAUAUUGCGAAUGAACAAGGCAACUGGGACACCUCGAAAGCCCUCGUGAGACGCACGUUGGAGAGGUGUAUCCAGAUGGGCAGGCAGCAUCGCGCGAGCAAGAGGAAGGAGGACGAGUAUGAGGCGUAUAGGCUUUUGGGGCAGUCUCUCCAUACCCUCGAAGACUUCUCCGCACAUUCGAACUUCUGCGAGCUCGCGCUGGUCAACAUGGGCUAUCACGACGUCUUUGUCCACGUCGGUGACCAUGUGCGCUUGCAGGCUCCUAACGGGAAGAGCGUCGCGCCGUUGGUGACUGGGACGUUUGGGAGCAGCGAUUUCAUACAUAGUUUGUUGGGGGAGGCGACGGAUCAUAUCGCCUCCGUCUCAGACCUCAACAAAGCCCUCUCCACCGCCCGUUCCCGUUCUGUCUCAGGCAGCGACGUCUCCGGUGACACACUCCGCGACCUUCUCUUCAAGCUCCCCUCCUCUUCUUCUAACGAUAUGAGUCGCGACAUGGAGGGCAUGGAGCGGAUCCGGGCACAGGGACAGGGCGUGGGCGGGGGCAAGAGGCCCGAAGAUAUGAGUCCGCAGGAGAUCCAUGCGGUGCUUUGGCAGGUGUUGAGCUUUAGGGACUCGAUUGCGAAGAAGAUUGAGAAUACGAUUGAGAAGAUACCGGGGUUGGGGCCGUUGAUUGAGAAGAUUACGGAUUCGAUUUCGGUGUUCGUGUUCACGACGCUCGAACCGUUCCUCAAGCCUGUCCUGAAGACUGCAAGUUCGCAACUUAUGGCUGCGUCCGGCGAAGUCAUCAAUAACCACGAUCAAUACGAAGUGUUCAACGACCCGAGGGCUUCGGACCCGACCCAUUCGUUCCUCUCGAAGGAUCACUUUAACUUGAUCCUGAACGAGCCUGCGGGACAUCUUGCGAGGCUAGUCGUGAAACAUACGGUCGAGCUGGUCGCCAAAGCUUGGGAUGACACCUCCAUGAGCGCUCAGCAUGUCACCGAAGAGGCUCUUCAAUGCCUCUUCCAUCCCGACUUCCACUCCCGAAACUCCAAAAUCCAAUCCGAAAUGAUGUCCUACAUGCAACAAUGGAUCAACAACACCCCUCAGAAAUCCGAAAUCCUCUCCCGCCUGACCAAAGACUCCGUCCGGAACCAUCGCAACACCCGUAUCGGCACCACCGCCCACACCGAAGGCUUCGGCGCCGCUGAAGGCGCAGCGCACAACUUCCAAGGUUAUCUCGGUCAACAAGCGCACGGCAUCCCGGGUGUAUCGCAGGCACAAAACCUGUUCGGGAAGUAUGGGGUUCCGGGGAGUGGACAGGCAGCAGAUUUCUAUGGAUCGGGAGGAGGGAUGUCGAACCCGAAUGGACCACCUCCGCCUAUGAUGUCGCCUCGUCCGGGGGGACAUGGACAUCAUUCGCCUGCGCCACCUUCGUUCCCCGGUGCUGGACCUGGGUCUGACUUCCCAUCUGCGUACCCUGGUGGUCCUCCACCCGGACCUCCCCAAUCUUCGUACCCAGGCGGACCACCUAUGCCUUCUCAAUCUGGUUAUCCCGGGGGACCUCCCGGUGGAGGAUCGAGUUAUCCGGGUAUGCCGUCGUUUGGAGGGCCGCCUGAACCGGGAUAUGGAGGACCGCCUGAACCGGGAUACGGAGGACCGCCGGGACCUGGGUAUGGAGGCCCGCCGGGAUACGGUGGUGGAGGAGGGUAUGGUGGAGCACCUGGAGCAGGUUUCCCGACUCCGGGUGGGUUUGGAGGGCCGCCUGGGCCACCACCGAUGGGAUUCCCUGAGGCGCAGCCUGAGUUUGGGGGAGGUGGACCUGGGUAUGGAGGACCUCCUGGAGGACCGGGAAUGCCGGGAGCGCAUCAUCAUGGGCAUCAUGGGCACCAUGGUGGACGUCAGUGA